CGCACCGCCAACUACUCCAGACGCGCCAACCAGCCAAGCAACACCAUCCCCCUCCCACGACCGGAUGGUCUCCAAACACAGGGUCACCAUCCCAGGGCCCUGGCGCUGGAUUUCGCCAUUCACACCACAAUGUCGACCCCGCGAGGCACCCCGAGCAUGAGCGUCCCCGCGACGCAAAACACCGCGCCCGUGAUCCGCUUCCGCUGCCUGUACACCUACGAUAUGCGACGCAAAGCGAAGCGCUGGCAAGAUGGGUUCCUCCGCUACCACACCUUCAAUAAACGCAUCAUGGCGUACGACGUUGCCGGGAAUUUCGUGGGUGAUUACCACUGGCGACAAGAUGAUGAGGGAAUCCAAGACGGCGACGAACUCGAACUAGAUAACGGGGCCCUCAUUCAGGUCUGUGAACCGGUAGAACGAACAGAGACGGAUAUCUCGGCCUUGUAUAGCAAUAAGAGGAGAAGUCAUGGGUCCCCGCCGCAGCUAGGGGACACACCAACUCCGUCCGUCACGCCGUCACGGCCCGCGCUUUCCUCACAGCCGACCCGCUCAUUGAACGAUCUUCUGGGGAUCAAAAAGACCUCUUCACAGCGAUCGGGCCCACCGAAUACGGAUCGAGAAAGGCAUACAUCGACGGGAAACGAGCAUGAGCGCUCAGAGCGACCAGCGAAACGGCAACGGACAAAGCCCACGUCGUCGGACAACCCGCCCAAGCAACCCUCCAGCCGGCAAGCCCAUCGUGCACCGGAGCCAGCAGUCAUUGAUUUGACCGAGUCACAAACCACAAAGAGACAAGCAACCGAGCACGGAUCGGCUCUAAACAAUGUCGUGGACAAGGAGGUGAUGGACACAAAGCACACUACAACUUCCAGCCCGCGCCGCAAAUCCAAACACCACACCGACCAAGCCAAGCGCAAGAAAGCCGAGAAGAGUGCAUCCAAGUCCCCCGAGCAAACUCGACCCCAGAAAUCUGGGCUUCCCAAUGAUGGCGAUGACGACGAUGAAACUCCCGAAAUCCCAGGCAACAUGCUCCGCCUAUCAACCGGAAAAUCGCGAAAGAAGCUAAUGUAUCACACCGUGCUAUCCAACCAAGACGCAAACGGGGAUGCAGGAAGACAUCGCCAAUCACCCCAGCAGCCGCACGAACCAGGUGAACAUUCGAAUGAUCCGCAUUCCGACCACGAGAACGCACCACCGACUGCCCGAAAGCGCAAAUCCGGUCCAGUAGGGAUUCGGAAAUCAUAUUCAAAUCCUACUGCUUUAGCGAGCUAUGAUGAUCUUCCACCCCGCCGGCGAUCGUCGGAGAGUCCGCUGAGUACGGUUUCAGAUACCGAUGAGUCUGAAACGGGUCCUUGGACCUGGGAGGCAGAGUAUCUGCUCGAGUUCUGGCCGCCAGGACGCCCAAAGCCAACUUGAGCCUCGGUAUUGCGUCCAGCACACAGGACGGACCAGAGAUGCUCGCCAUGAUGGGGGACGAUAUGGCUAAAAUGAUGAUACCCUAGUUGAUUGAUGUGUUAAUCUAACAAACAGGACACCUGAGGUCCUUGCUUUCAUAUUCCUCUUCGGCUAGAAUGACAUCCAUGCCGAUCAGGGCUCUAAGCAUUUGUUUCAUGGCGGUCUAAGUAGUUUUCACGCUAGACAUGAGCUAUC